GAAUGUUCCAUCCUGGAGCCAGUUCAAACCCAUCACGUUGCCCCAUACCACAACCGGUUUCAAGCAUAGCAACCAGAUGGAGUGGAAGCAACCCAGGCCAAUAGCCAAAAUCCCAAGGUCCAGUUCUGGUUCAGCCACUGCCUCACUCUGUGACUUUGGGCAAGGAGCUUCCCUUCUCUGGGCCUUAGUAUCUGUAAAAUGAAGAGAUUGCUGCAUGAUUCCUAAGGGUCCUUCCAGGUCUCUACUAGGUUUCCGAAAUAGUUAACUGGAACUAGCAUAUAAUGGUCUAGCUUGGGCUGAUCCCAGUGGUCCCCAGAUGUGCCUGGUAUCAUGUUGGAGAGAAAAGAGUGAGGGCCAUAACAAUCAGGAAGGACUUCUUGGAGGUGGUGAGGCACGAGUCUAGCUUUGAAUAAUGGAGAUUUGGAGCAGCCUAGAGAAAAGAGCAGUGUGCUGGCCAAAAGAAACUGCUUGUCCUAUGACAUCUCCAAACUCAACCUGACAGAAACUCAACCCUCACCCCCAAACCUGUUCUUCUUCCUGAAUUCCCUACUCAAAGGAUUCCAUUUCUAGUGGACUCCACACUUCCCACCAAAUUUUCACAAGGAUAUCUAAAUAUGGAGGAAAACAUUUAGGGUUACCCAUCAUUCCCUCCAUACUGUUCCCUCACCAGUGUAAAAAAAAAGAUGAUUUUGAAAGCUCAAGAAUAUGCUUAAAGAUAAAUAGGCAAUGGAAUGAUGACAUCAUUGAAACCUUUCGUUCUGGGUGUUUGUCCGUGUGUGUAUGUAUGAAUGUUUCAUUUAUUCUCCCUGCCAGAAAUGUGUGGUAUGACGAUAACAAAAACAGCAAAUUACUGUCCCUCGCCUAGAAACGACUUGGUUCCCCUGCGGGCGCCCUUGAAAAACGAGGUCCGUCCGCCUGCAAUGGCGUCACUUCCGUUUCCUGCCGCGCGCGGCCAUUUCCACUCCUCCAGCGCGACUUUCCGGCCGAGGCGCGCGCUCCCGCCCUGACGUCAGCUGCGCUCCCAGACGGGUGGCGAGACCGCGGAGUCGCAGCUAUGACUGAGGCUGAUGUAAAUCCGAAGGCCUACCCCCUCGCAGACGCCCACCUCACCAAGAAACUACUGGACCUUGUUCAGCAGUCAUGUAACUACAAGCAGCUUCGGAAAGGAGCUAAUGAAGCCACCAAAACCCUCAACAGAGGCAUCUCUGAGUUCAUCGUGAUGGCUGCAGACGCUGAGCCGCUGGAGAUCAUCCUUCACCUUCCGCUGCUAUGUGAGGAUAAGAACGUGCCCUACGUGUUUGUGCGCUCUAAGCAGGCCCUAGGGCGGGCCUGUGGGGUCUCCAGGCCUGUCAUCGCCUGUUCUGUCACCAUCAAAGAAGGCUCACAGCUGAAGCAGCAGAUCCAGUCCAUUCAGCAGUCCAUUGAAAGGCUCUUAGUCUAAACCGGCGGCCUGUGCCCCACUCCUCACUGAGUCCUCCCCUUGGGGUUGUGUAUCCUAUUGUCUGUGUUAGCAUGUAGUACCUCCGGCCACGUUCUCUUGUUAUAUCACAGUACUAAAUCCGGGUUUUGCAUUUUUGUAUUAUUUUUGUUUUACGGGGUGUUAUCCGUAUAUUAAUCCUCCACCCAGCCCAGUCUCCCAUUCUCUGCCAUCUUAUCCUCCCUUUUGAAAACUGAACUAAUGCGAAGAACAGGCGGAGACAGAGUGGUGAUUCCAUUCAAAGGCAGGGAAGAGCCAGGAUAGAGAUCUCGUUCCAGCUUUCAGGCGCUGACUUCCCCUUGUGUGCAGGACCUGAUGGGUGUAAACACCAUUCACUUUGUAUCCCUCGUGCCUGGUGUACAAAAUCAUUCCAUAAGCGUUUGCUCUCUAUGGAGAUUGUGUAGCAUUUGGGGAGAAAGCAUGUAUCCUGUGAGGUUAUUAGGUGUAUGUCCAAGUGUCGUGUGCUAAUCUGCCCCUGCCGUUUGCUUCGGUAAUGUGGUAUUGUUCCCCCUCUCCCCCAACUCCUAACCAUGCCCCUGAGGGCAGCAGGGCAGCAGCAUAGCAAAGAUGUGCUGCAGAAUUCCAGAAGCUGCCUGAGCAAGUUAGACAUGGGGCAGUUGACCUAGGUCUUGAAGGAGUCCAGAGUGGCAAGAGAAAAGAGAAUCAACUGAUGCUGAAAUGAAGAAGUCUCGUGAGUCCCGGAGGCCUGACUGGAAGCUACAGCAGAGAUGCUGGAGUCCAGGAAACAUCCUCUCUGGUGAAUGCAAAGGUCUUCAGUGGACAGUUGGUACCAGCUCUGAAAGCCAUGACCCCUGUUCCCUGCCACAGUGUGGGGCAGGUGUGUGUAUUCUUCAUCACAUCAGAAGGACAGUGCUCGUGUGCCAUUCUCGUGAGCAUUCUAAUAAAGAGAUAUAUUCAUA